GGCUGCUGAGGAACCUCUACACUUUAACUAGAGAAGAAAAGAGAUCAACAUGGAGCAGGGGAAGGGUCUGACUGGCCUCAUCCUGGUGAUCUUUCUUCUUCAAGGUAUUGUGGCCCAGGAAAAAAAAGAAAACCAUUAUGUGGUAAAAGUGGAUGACAAUCGAGGAGAUGGGUCUGUACUUCUGAUGUGUGACUUGAAAGACAAGACCAUCACGUGGCUUAAAGACGGGAACAUAAUAAGCCCUCCGAAUGCAACUAAAAACAAGUGGAAUCUAGGAAGCAGUACCAAAGACCCUCGCGGCAUGUACUGGUGUCAAGGAGCAAAGGACAAGUCAAAGCCACUCCAAGUGUAUUACAGAAUGUGUGAGAACUGCAUUGAGCUCAGUUCGGGUACCAUAUCGGGUUUUAUCUUUGCUGAAAUCAUCAGCAUCUUCUUCCUUGCUGUCGGUGUAUACUUCAUUGCUGGGCAGGAUGGAGUUCGGCAGUCACGAGCUUCGGACAAGCAGACUCUGUUGCCGAAUGAACAGCUCUACCAGCCCCUCAGGGAUCGGGACAACGAGCAAUAUAGCCAUCUCCAAGGAAGUCAUCCAAGGAGGAAGUGAGCUCAACAGUACUCCAAGUAUUGCCCUUUCCAUCCCAGGAUCAAAGCAAUGUGUUUUAGAGAGAGCCCGGUAGAGAGAUCUUCAUCCCUACUGUUAACCUGCAGAGGUGGCAAGCAGAGAACUGUCUGAGAAAUUCUGGGGUUUUCUCAAAAUAAAAUAAAAGUCCAAGCUUGGGGAAGGUGGUGGUGUAACUCAGUAGUAGAGCACUUGUCAAGCUUGCUUGAGGCGCUGUGUUAAAGUCACGGCACCCUACCCCCAGACCCUCACAAAAAACAGUGAAGGGGAAAAAGUACAGCGUGGUGUUUGCAGAGCGUCACCUAUUGGUGAAAAUUGUAAACGACAAAAUUAAAAGAUCGGGUAUAACCACCUCUGUCCAAACAGACUUUUCCUGUUUAACAUUCACUAGGGUAUUAUGCUGUUUCUAAUUUAGCGGACCAAUAUGGCAAUGGGGUGGCUCAUCAGAUAAAAGUCUUUGCCACACAAGCCUGAAGACCUGAGCUCAAUCUCCAAAAAGUCAAAAAAAAAAAAAAAACCUACUCCACCAUGCUGUUCUCAGACCUCCACACACAUGCUAAGCAUAUACAGACCCUAUACAUACAUAUCACAACACUAUAAUAAUAAUAAUAAAUAAAUACAUAAUAAUAACACCAGUGAAUUAUAUAUGCAGUAGAUAGUGAAAGGUUUCCUUCUACCUGGAUCCCCAACCAAAGUAACCUUCCCCACAGGCAAAUGAGUUUCAUACAUAUGUUCUUGAACAUAUUUUAAGCAUGGAAGAAUGGUUCUUAAGUUCACUUUAUUCUUCCCCUAUUCUUCAUACAAUGAUAUAACACUAUACAUCUUGCAUUUUCUCCUAAGCCAACCUGAAGAUUAUGACACAGAAUAAGGUAGAAAGACCGGUUACUGGCUAUUGAUUUAUUUAGGGACUCACUGACAGCACUACAUGUCCUACCUAUUUGCCAAGCAUGAUUUCACUUG